UUGUGACAGUUCUUCCACUUGAUCAAGUGUGUUCAGAUAAUAUAUAAAAGCAUGUGUGAUAUGUCUUUAUUUACACAACUGAGAAAAAUAGUUCAAAAAUUGUCUUAAAAAAUCAGAGAAAAAUUUAUUCUUCCAUCGAUUAUUAUUAAUUUGCGCGAAAUUAACCACGGCAAUCGUCUAACGCAAACGCACGAGGACCUUGAUACACAUCCGCUGUGACUGUGCCACGAUAUAACAUUUCUCUUCCAUUGUGCAAUAAAAUCAUAGUCUAAACAAAACGGUCUUAUUGGACGUCAUUGCAUAGUUAUAAUUUAAUAUUUUUCUGACCUUUAAGAGUUUUGAAACACAUAUAAAACAUACGUAUCCACCCAGCAAACACAAAGUAACAGUAACGUAACAUUAAUAUUAUAAUUUCCCACUCAACGAUGUAACUGUAAUGCAACAUGCCUUGUACGUAACAGUUAAAUUGUUGAGUGGAAAAUUAUAACAUUAAUGUUACGUAACUGUUUUUUUGUGUUUGCAUUGUGUCGGAUCUAAAAAGAUCCAAGUUCAGAGUCAGUCGUUAUCAUAACAUAACUGAAAACGAGUUAUUAUUGUUCGCGCGUGAAAUACACAGAACUAGUAUAUUGUGAAGAAACUUGAAUCUAUUUGAUACAUUUUAGACAUCAACGUGAAUCAUGAUUAUAACAAUAUUGUUGGUGUUGAUUUUAUAUGUAAUAUUGUAUGAUUAUUAUGUGCAUCAUAAACGAAGUGGGCGACUUAUUCGCCUUAUACCAGGUCCACCAAGUGUUCCGAUUUUCGGUUCGGCACUUUUAUUUCAAUGUUCACCACGAAAUAUAUGGAUACUUUUGCGUUCUUUUGUCGACACCAAUCCCGUUCUAAAACUCUGGAUAGGUCCUGAAUGUACUAUAUUCAUUCGUCAUCCAGAUGAUUUGGAGAAAGUUUUAAGCACUACGAAACAUAAUGAAAAAAGUAGAGUGUACAUCCCGUUCGGUCCAUGGCUUAACGAUGGCCUUCUUACAAGCAAAGGAAACAAAUGGCACACUCGACGAAAACUACUCACGUCUGCAUUUCAUUUUAAUAUACUACGGCACUUUGUUGAUGUUUUGAUUAAAGAGGGAAACCAUAUGACAAAAUCUCUGAAAGAAAGUGAAGAAACAGUUAUUAUACAAGAUUUAGUUUUAUUUGUUAGCGAGCAUACACUAAACGCAAUAUGCGGUAAUAUAUGAUAUUUUCUGUCGUAUUUAUGCAUGUAGGAAUAUACAGGUUUGCAAACGAUCAAAAUCUAAACAGAAGUUAUUGUCCCAAGUAAUAUAUCAGUAA